AUGGCGAGAAAGAGUAAGGGACGACAAAAGGUUGAGAUGGCGAAGAUGAAUAAUGAAAGCAAUCUCCAAGUCACUUUCUCCAAACGUCGAGCCGGACUUUUCAAGAAGGCGAGUGAAUUGAGCACUCUAUGUGGGGCUAAGAUUGCUAUUAUCGUCUUCUCACCCGGUCAGAAGGUCUUCUCUUUUGGCCAUCCUUUUGUCCAGACUGUGUUGGAACGUUUUGUUAGUGGUAAUCCACCACAAGCUGCUUCUGGAACCAUGAAACUCAUUGAGGCUCAUCGGAACACUAGUGUCCGUGAGCUAAACAUGCAGCUCACUCAGGUUCUGAACCAACUCGAAAUCGAGAAGAAGCGAGGCGAGGAGCUUAACCAUAUGAAAAAGGCAAAUAAGAAUCAAUGUUGGUGGAUGGCUCGCAAGAACGAUAUGAGCUUGACACAACUUCAACAACUGAAGGCCUCUCUCGAUGAACAAAAGAAGAAUGUGGCUAAGCAAGCUGAGAAGAUUGCUCAAGACAAGGAGGAGGCAGCAAGGAAGAGAGGUAAAGAGCUCAAACAAAGAAGAAAAGGCUUGAUGAAAGAGCUUUGGUAUACGCGUUCAAUGGACAAAUUCAACCUGGAAGAGCAUGAAGUUUUGGAUGCUGGUAUGAAGGCCUUGUGGAAUGAUGUUGCCGAACUUGCAAAGAAGCUAAAGAAGGAACAAGAUCCAGCAAUGAAGGCCUUGACUACUCUCCCUAUGCCUAGUAUGCCCUGCAACCCAACUCAUGAAUAUGCCCCCAGCAGUACUAAUUCAACUCCUCCCCUGAGUAGCUUCUGUAACCUAGACUCUGGCAGUCCCAACAUAAUGAUGAUGGAUAACCCAUUGAAUGAUUCAAGCAUAGCGUUAGAUCCUAUUGAUGACUUGAAGGCCAUGCCUAGGGAUCUCUUCAAUAAUUUAGUCAUGAUUGAGUUAGAUGAUCCAAUUGCAGCACUUAAUGCAGGAGAUAAUCCAGACAUAAUUUCUGAUGCCUUCGGGAACCAAAUUGCAACAAUGGAUAUUAAUCUGUCAAAUGAUCCAAAUAUCGGGCCUAAUGAGUUUUUUAAUCCGAGUACUAUGCCUCAUGCACCAAAUGAUCCAAUUAGCACAACAUCAUAUGCUCUAAAUAUGAUAUGUAUUGUGCCAGAUGAUUCAAAUCUAGACUCAGUAUUUGAUGGCUUCACUCUAGAGAUGCUGUUUGCGGAUCCAUUGGAUGAUGAGAACUUCAUUGUGGACAAUCCAAAUGAGGCGGCUAACGGUGAUAAUCUGAAAACAAUGCCACCUCCUCUUGCAGGGAAUGUUCUAGGAAGCGGCCAAGGAUUUUAA